GUUAUUGCAAGCCAUCGUUGUUCAGGCCGAAAGGUAUGGGCGACAAAACGGCAGAGGUGCGUGCAUCCAAUUCUAGCAGAGAGGCCAAAAUGCAGCUGUCAAAAUGAAUAUUCUCGAAGAUGUGCAAGAGCCAUGUUAUGGCAACAGUUAUAUAAUCUAUCGACAGGACCCGAAUCAGUGUGGCCGAUAUCAUUUAUGCAUCCGCAGUAAAUCUAUGAAAAUCCAGUUUUGUCCUCCGGACCAAACAUGGUCGGAUGAAGAGCAAAGAUGUGAGUUAAUUGGCCAGUAUCCGGACUCCUGUGUUUCUAACCAUUUUCUCAUUACGACACCAACGUUUGGCUGGACGACGCGAUACAAAGGACGUUGGGAAUCUCUGUCUGUAACAACGGAUAUGGUGGAGAGGAGCACCUACAAAACUCCGUCCUCGACAAAUAAGUACCCAGACUCCGAUUGGUUUCAGUGUGAACCUCGUGUUUCUUCUUAUAUUGUUGGUGGUCUGGCUGCGACCGACGGACAGUGGCCAUGGCAAGUUAUGCUCAAAGGGAAACUGAACUCUAGCCAUACAACCCAAUGUGGUGGAGUACUCAUUAGUCCUAAAUGGAUCCUUACGGCUGCACAUUGCGUUUACAGACCGUCUCUUCGCAAUGCUGGAGCCUGGACUGUUACACUGGGUGAAUAUCUUAUUAAUAAACCGUCAGGACACGAAAAAAAUAUAAAGCCGAUCAGGAUUAUUAGGCACGAAAACUACUCCCCAACGGGUGGCUUUGAGAACGACAUCGCCAUGAUUGAGUUACCAGAAAUUCUAGAUUUGAAUCCUAAAUCAGUGUUUCCUAUUUGCAUUGCUAGUAAACAACUAUCUAUUGAUCUUCAUGAUUGCUGGAUGACUGGAUGGGGUAAUACAGAAGGCACUGCUGAUCCAAAUGUUCUCCAAACAUUGAAAGUUCACAUUUGGCACCAUCAAAGAUGCAAGGAUGUAUGGACAGGACUGAUUGGUGAUGGUCAUAUUUGUGUUAGUUCUGGAAAUUCAGGAGCAUGUUUGGGUGAUUCUGGCGGCCCGCUGUCUUGUAAAAUCAACGACCGUUUCGUACUUGUUGGCAUAGCAUCGUGGGGUGUCACAAGUUGUCGUAAUAACGACUUCCCAGACGUUUAUUCCAAUGUAACUUUUUAUUUGGACUGGAUUCGGAGUCAUGCUUCUUUGGCCAACAACUGAUCUAUAUCUGUCUGUCUGCCUGUCUAGCCGUCUGUCUAUCCGUCUGCCUGUGUGUCUAUCUUUUUUUGUUUGUCUUUUUGUCUGUAUGUAUGUAUGUAUCUAGCAGUCUGCGGGUCUGUCUAUCUAUGUGAUGGCUCAGCCAAUAAAGUAGGAUUAGAUGCAAUUGAUUCGAUUGACUUUAGGUACUUUUAUAGAAACAGGAGCCUCGUCUCUAAAGAAAUCCUUACUAUAAUAUAUACUGUGGUGACGAGCUGGUAUAAUCGUUAACAUAUUGGAUCAAGUGCUUAGCGGCGUUUCUUCUGCUUUUACGUUUGAGUUCAAAUGUCGUUGAAGUCGACUUUGCCUUUUAUGCUUUUGGGGUAGAUACAAUAAGUUUCAGUUGAACACUGGAGUUGUUGUAAUUAACUAGCCCAACACCACCAAAUUUCAGGCCUUGUACCUAUGGCAGAAAAGACGGUGAGCUGGCAGAAUCGUUAGCACGCCAGGCAAAAUGUUUAGAGAAAUCAUUUUUUGGAUUCAUAACCAAGAAUCGAAACCUUAACCUAGAUUUUCCUUCAAGACCUUUUCCUUUACUCGGAAAUUUAUGAGGUUACCUGUCAAACUUAUUUUGGUUCCUAGAGUCAUUUGGUGCUUAUGACAGAUAAGACACAUACAUACCUUUGCUCUCGGAUAUACAUUCAGUUUUUCUCAUAGGUAUAAGUAGGAACUCUGAGAGAACAUCAGCGGUCAGUUUUCCUUCGCUUUCUAGCAAGCAACUUUCCCUAAGACACACACUUUAAGAAGCGCGAACAUUCAUUCUUGUUAUUCUCCUUGAACUACUAAACUGCUGACUACUGCUAAAGCCUUGUUUACUGACCCCCACCACAUACAUGUGUAUGUAUUAUGUAAAUACGUUAAAAUCCAAGCUGUGUUCUCUUGAAGCACAUCUGCUUAUUUCAGUAUUCCAAAUCCCAUAUGUCGAUGUUAUAUUACAUUACAAAUGUUUCAUUUUCUAAUUGGAGUUAUAAAGUUGUACAUGCAUGAGAAACAUGUAAGAUAUUUCCAUGUGUGAAAUGUGAUAUCGAAGUAAUCUCUUAUUUACUUAAUCAUUGCUACUACAUGUACUAUCACCACCAAACAAACAAACGUACUUACAACAGGCUUUUAGACAUUUUAGCAUAGCCAUUUUAGCUCCACCUUGUUGGCGUCGUAGAUUCGACGCUGACUUAUUUGACAUUAGAUAUUUUAAUGUUUCUUUCAUUUUCAUAUUUCUCUCAUUCUCUCUCCCCCUUUCCACUCCCCCUAUCUCCUCUUUCUUCCCCUCUUCCGCCUUUUUCUCCCCUUCUCCCUUUCUCUCUCUGUUCAUGUGUGCGAGAAGAGGCAAAGUGCUUGUGUCAAUCGUGUUCAAUUAAUAAAUUGUAAUGUCUCAUUCUUUUUAUUUCUAUGUGUAUAUUUCUGCGCUUGCUUGCGUGCGUGUGUUUGCCUUCAGCACCAAGGGUUUCUAUUUACAACACACGUUUAUUGUUCAGUCAACUAUGCAAAUUGUCAGCGUCAAAACAUCUGCGCCCAGUUGUCUCAUUCUGAUUAUAGUAUUACUACAACAGCAUCCUAAAACUAUAUCCUUCUCAUUCAGUAAUUUCUUCACUCUACACAAGCGCCCCAAAAUAGCAGUAGCAAUAUUAAUAAUGUCAAUAAUAAGUAGAGGGGAAACAGUUACUCUAGCGAGUCCAAUAUACCCGCCUCUGUUAUUUAUCGCUAGCCAAAUCAAUGGAGCCAACUAGGGAGUUUCUGCUUGGUCGCUCAACCUGCUAAGAAAAGCAACCAGAUCUUGUUUAGAACCCAUUCUAUUGAAUUACAUAAGAAAAUAAUACAUCAGUUAAUGUAGUCUUAGAUACCCAUAGAAAUAUUGGAGUGGUUAUGGCUGAAAUACUUUCUCGAACAGGUUUGACCUAGGACGAAAUAAUGGUUUCUGAUUUAGGUACAAGGUCAGCAAUUUUGAGUGGGGAGAGUGGUCACUAAUAUAGACUCCAUUACUUGACUGGAAUUCUAUUUUUAUCGACCAUGGAAGGAUGAAAAAACAAAGUUGACUUCGGCAGGAAUUGAAUGAUCCUCUCAGCUCAUUGCUACAACCUGGAGCUAAAUAAUAGUAACAGUUUCUAAUUAAGGUACAAGGCCAAGAGUUUCUGAGAGGAGGGGUUAGUCGAUUAUAUCGACCGAAGUACUUGAUUUAUAUUUUAUGUUAUCGACGCCGGAAGGAUGAAAAGCCAAGUCGAUCAAGGUAGAGAGCCGGAA